AUGAGAAUAAGAGAUCAUUCGAAAACCCUCAAAAAGCUUCAUCUCAGUCUCACAUCUACACAUAGAAGUGCGCCGAGUGUUAAAAAAUGGAUUCAUCUUCUUCUCAGGCCUAAACUUAAAAGCGUGCCACAAAUUAAGAUCAAUACAUGGAUUAACGCAGCAGUAAAUUCCAAAGUUGAACAUGUUGAGAUUUAUGACAAAACUUUUGACAAGUUCAGUUUUGAGGUGCCCUCUUGCAUUUUCAACUGCCAUACCAUAACGGUUUUGAAGCUAAGUGGGGUUCCAGUAAAGAUUCCUUAUGUUGAUUUGCCUUCCCUUAAAGUUUUGCAUUUGAACAGGGUUCGAUUUCCAAAUAUCAAAUCCAUCCAAGCUCUUCUUUAUGGCUGCCCUUUGCUUCAAGACUUGGCACUAAAAAUUUGGGGCAUAAAGUAUAAGCGCCUUUCAAUUAAUAAAGAAAGGCUUAAAAAUUUGAUUUCAGCUGAUGUUUCUUUCUAUUUAUUUACUUUGGAAUCUUUGUCGAAUGUUAAAGCACUGCGGAUAGAUACGAUUGGUUUUUCACCUCUCCCUGAUGCUAUAGUAUUUUAUAAUUUAAUCCACCUGGAGAUAAGUUAUUAUGCAUAUAGCUCGGACGGAACAAUAUUGCAAUGCUUGCGAAACUGUCCCAAGCUUGAAACUCUUAUAAUUGAUAAGUUUGAUUGGAGAGUGUGGCGGCAACCAGGUGUUCCUCAAUGCGUUUCAUCACACUUAAAGGAAUUCCAUCUUGGAAACUUCAAAGGCCGCGAAAUUGAGUUCAAACUGGCAAGAUUUAUUAUGGGGAAUGCAAGGGUCUUGGAGACCAUCUCAAUUCGCAGAGAAAAUACGUCAAAAGCAACUUCAGAACAAGAAAUAAUGCUCCAAAGAUUAUCGUCUUGUCCAAAAAGCUCGGAGAAUUGCAGGCUUUUAUUCAAGUGA